AUGGAUCGACUCAAGGACGACGUCGUCCAAGUCCGUGGCAAGGUGGCCGAUAUGGACGCUGCGGUGGAGACGGAGCUGUCCACCGAGUCGGGCAUGACGUACCUGCAGGUGAAGAACCACGCACUGCUGACGUACACCAAGAUGGAGCUCUUCUUCGCACUUCUCAAGUUGGAGGAGCCGGAGAAGGUGAAGGACCACCCCGUGUUUAAAGAGUUGGUGCGUUACCGCACACUGCUCGAGCGCAUUCGUCCGCUGGACCGCAAGAUGAGGUAUCAGGUGGACAAGAUGCUGAAGGUGGCUCUGUCUGGUGGCAAGGGCCUCGACGAGUCGCUCAGCUACGCACCCAACCCCGACGAGCUCGCUGCCGAGGAUGGCCAGGACGACAACGAGGAUGGCGGGGAAGGUGGAUCUGGUGCGAAGGAUGGCAUUUACCGGGCGCCGCGUUUGGCAGCCGUGCCGUACGAGGAGGAAGAGCGUACGCAGGUUAAGCAGGCCAAGAAGGAUGAGCGCAACCGCAAGCGCUUGCAGAAGAGCACUAUCCUGGCGGAGCUGCGCGAGGAAUUCAGCGAGCGACCCACGGAGAUUUUGGCCAGCGGCACGAGCGUUGUGGACAAGGAGAUCGCCCGCGAGGAGGCAGAGAAGAAGGAGUUCGAGGAGUCGCGUUUCGUGCGUGUGGUUACGUCGCGCAAGGACAAGAUUCGCAAGCGGCAGCGCGAGAUGGAGGCGAACCGCGCCGACAACGUUGGCUCGAUCGACAACUUCGCCGCAGUGCAGGACAUUCUCUCGUUGGACAAGUCGAAGCACCGUAUUCCAACGCCGCGCGAACCGAAGAAGAUCGGUGGCAAGACGGGUGGUAUCUUCUCUCACGUCGACGCACCGACCGAAAAGAAGCGGAAGAUGGGUCGAAUGGUGUUUUCCAACCUUUUCUCGUGA